AUGGACUCUUGGAAUGAUAUAAACGGUCCGCCUCGCAAAAAGAUGCGAAAAGGGACCAAAAGCUGUACACAAUGCCGACGUCGCAAGAUUCGAUGCACUUUCAAUCCUGAUCGCCCGGAAGCUUGCAGUGAAUGCCGCUUGCGUGGAUCGACUUGUAUCGAUCAGGAGCAUGACUCCGAUAAGCUGAAGGCCUCGGAUGCCGCUCAAGGAGACCAGCGGUACAGUCUCAGGGAGCGUGUGGCUCAUUUGGAAAAUAUAGUGGAGGACUUGGCUAAACGAUUAAACGAGACGAGCCCCGCUCAUUCACGGACGCGUAGACCCUCUAUAGAAAGCCCGACGCCACCGUCAGAUGAGUCGGACAAGCUUGGCCCGUCCAGUUGCCAGAUCCAGAAUGCGCCAGUCAUGCAACUAUUCGAUAAUUAUCUCGUCAGCCGCCGUGAAGAUUCGUCCAAUAACGACCAGUUCACCGGUGCUAAAGAUAUGUCGCCCAAAGCACGGGCAGUCAGAGCGGAGCUUCUGUCUUUACUUCCUUCCAUGCAAGACAUUCAAAAAAUUGUCGAAGAAGGCUCGAGGCUAUGUUGCGUGUGGGAGGAGAACUUCCCCGAGCUUCUAAAUGCCUUCGGGACAAAGUCAUACUCGGAAAGCCUGGUGGCGCCCGCUGAAAUAGCGAAAGGGUUGGUUUCCCUCUCUAUAAGUGUUCUACAAUCACCGCCUGAUUUCGACUUCAACACACUGCAAGUUCCGCUGGAUCCGCAGGAGUUUGCUGCACGCUGCUGUGCAGCGGUGGAUCGUCUGAUCGUUCGGGAUGAUGACUAUGCGGCGACGCUGCCUGGCAUGGAAUGCCAGAUGCUGCUCUCUAAGUAUCACUUGAAUGAAGGCCGGCUUCGCAAAGCAUGGCUCGUGGUUCGCAGAGCUAUUGAAUUUGCACACCUCGCGGGCAUGCACCUCUCAACCCGGACACCUCAACCGGCAGAUACUUUAUUUGACAGGCGGCUGAAACUCUGGUGCGCGAUAACGAAUUCAGAUCGAUCUCUCAGUCUGAUUCUCGGUCUUCCUUAUGGAGUCGCAGAUGCUUUUUUCAUGCCCCAAGUCCAACUACGGCUUAAUUCAGACAUCUCAGCCACGGAGCAAUACGUCUUGCGCCUUGGUAUUAUCAGCGGACACAUGAUUGACCGCAACCAGAAUCCGUCGGAAAUGUGUCUCGAGACAACAUUGCGGCUUGACCAAGAGCUUAUGGACGCCUGGGACGCCAUGCCCCGGAGCUUCACGGGCCCUGAGCCAGGGUCCGAUGAGAAACGGGAGCAUUUCAAUGAGCGAAUUCCGCUGCAGUUCAUGCCGAAGAUGUACCGUGCCCUUCUUCACCUUCCUUUCAUGUUGAAAUAUCCCCACGAUCCACGGUUUAGCUUCUGCCACCGGACGGCGAUUCAGUCUACUCGGGAGGGAUUGGCCCUGUACAAAGUGCUGCGGGCGAUCACUCGGUCUUAUUUGUGUAAAAUCCUUGACUUCCUGGCCUUUACGAUGGGCAUGAUUCUCAUUGUCCAUCUGCACGGCUACUCUGAAGAGUCAUCGUAUCACAGCAAAGACCAAGACGAAAAGGAUUGGGCUCUCGUGCGGGAUGUGGUCACCAUCCUUCGCCAUGCCGCGGCUGAGAGUGGUGGCUCUGUUGCAGCGGAGUCUGCCAAUAUCCUCGGUGCGAUCUUUGAUACCAGGACUCAACGGCGGAACUGGACGUCAUCCGCGACUUGCAAGGUCACGGUGCCUUACUUCGGGUCUAUUACUAUAGGCGCUGGCGCCAAUCUCCUGAGACCCAAAAGCAAGGAGCAGAAUGCUGGAGCUCCGAGCCCACUCGCCUCGACGAACCCGUCAAAACGGACCGCCAGUCAGCUCUUUACUCCGCCCAUGUCUGAUCCCGAGCCAUCGACCAUCAACGCCGACACCAUGGACGGCAAUACUCCAGCUGCAGGCGCCAUGGAAGCUGAUUUCUUAACCCAGUCGCUAAUGACAGGAGACGACUUUGGAACAAGUACUCUUUUCACCGGCUUAUUUGAUGAUCUUGGACAUUACAUGUGGCCGAAUGCCAACGUCGACCUCGGACUGGAUCACGGCUGGAACCUGAACUGGUCUGAAUAG